CCUUUUAUAGGCGGUUGUGUUCAUCGAGUCAGAAAAAAAGAUGUGAGAGGCAAAUUCGCCUUUUCUAUCUCAGGUAAGCCAUAAGGAAAGCUAUUUUUAUACAGCACUGAUCUGCUUUUUUUUUAACAAUACCUGUUGAUGAGAAAAUAUUUUCACAUAAUGGCCGCCUUCAGAAAUGUUUCAAUAUUUUUCUCCGACGACCCGGAGGUGGCAGAUUUGACCCGGUUGGCCAUCACCAAUGAAGCCAUUUCUGCCUCAGAGAAUGCAGUUUGCCCCGGUUCUCCUCAGCUCUUAUCCCAGAAACUCACAAUGCAGGCGGGCGUCAAUGUAAGUGGCGACGCGGUCCCGGUGGACGUGAAGAAGCCCACCAGCUACGAGUUGCUUAUUCUCGCCCACGAGAGAACCUCGAGAACCCCGAGUCCACUUUUGGGGGGCAACGGCGACGACGACUCCGAGGCGGAGUCCUUCAAGGGCGGCAGGACCGUGGAGGUGGACCGGGAAACGAAGGAAAGGGCGUUCGCGUGGUGCCGAGAUUUCCUGUCCGGUGCGUGGAAGACCAUCCAAAUAAUGGACUUUCAAAUCAGCAUCGUCAGUGGUGGCUUGAGUAAUCUGCUAUACCUGUGCAGCCUGCCUGACCACUUGGCAAGUGUGGGGGAGGAGCCUCGUCAGGUGCUUCUCAGAAUCUACGGUGCCAUCCUGCAGGGCGUAGACUCGCUAGUGUUGGAGAGCGUUAUGUUUGCCAUCUUGGCCGAACGGACUUUGGGACCCAAACUGUACGGCAUCUUCCCAGAAGGGCGCUUGGAACAGUAUUUUCCGAACACCCGCAUGCGCACAGAUCAGCUGUCAGACUCCGACAUCUCCGCCGAGAUCGCCACCAAGUUGGCGCGUUUUCACAAAAUGGUUAUGCCCUUUAACAAAGAGCCCACCUGGCUGUUUGCGACCAUUAACAAAUACAUGGAUCAAGUGUUGACGCUGACUUUUACACGUGACACUCAUGUGAAGAAGUACCAGAAACUAAUGAAGCACAACUUGUCAACGGAGCUCAAAAACCUCCGUGAGUUGCUAGCAGCAACGCCAUCGCCUGUGGUCUUCUGCCACAAUGAUGUCCAAGAAGGUAAUGUUCUGCUGCUGCACAGAGGUGACCAAAGCGCAACAGACCGACUGAUGCUCAUAGACUUUGAGUACAGCAGCUACAACUACAGGGGUUUCGAUUUCGGGAACCAUUUCUGCGAGUGGAUGUAUGACUACACUUACAACCAGUGGCCCUUCUACAAAGCCACGCCAGAGGAUUAUCCAAGCAGAGAGCAACAGCUUCAUUUCAUCCGAAGUUAUCUAAAGGAGUACGCAGGAUGCGGUGAUAAAAGUGUGGACCAGAGGCAGAUGGAAGAAGAUAUCAUCUUUGAAGCCAACCGGUAUGCGUUAGCAUCACACUUCCUGUGGGGCUUGUGGUCCAUCAUCCAAGCCAAGCUCUCCAAGAUUGAGUUUGGCUACAUGGAUUACGCCCAGGUUCGAUUUGAUGCUUACUUCAAGCAAAAGAAGCUCUUCUCCUGAAACCCUCCUUGUACUCAUUUAAAAUCCAAUCUUUUUUUUUUUCAUUACUGUAAGUAUCGGUUUAUUUAAAAAGCUUGCUUGGAUGUCUUGCUUGUAAUGCAAACAGUCUUGGCAUGCAUCUCUUAUCUGUGUGAGCUGUAGUCCAAGCAAGUUCUAUAAAUCUAGUUGGAUUUUGAGGUCUCGCCCGGCACCCUCCACCAUUUAAAACUAUUGUGGACCACGUUUUGACAUGAGCAUUUGUCUUGUCCUUUCAUUGCGGAAGGCGCUUGUGCCUUUAUUUUUGACUACCUCACUUUUCCCUGAUGGCUGAUGUUCCAUCCACAUUCAUAUGAAGAAGCACAUGUGAACCGGGGCUCUAAACAGUACACUGAAAUUCAUUGUGUUCCCUUUUUUUUCUUUUUUUCUUCUUUUUAUUGGGAGGUGAUUCCACCAUCCUGGACAUAGGAGUAUUUGAGACGUAGUUAAAAAAAUGAAAACAUUUUGAGUUAGUUAUAAUUUUGUAGGAAUAAUAAAAAGUCCUAAUAUUACAAGGGGGAAAAUGUGAAAUUCCAAGAAAUAAACAAUUAUUUUGAAGACAUAUUACAUUUUUUAAAAUUAUUUGACAGUAGUCAUAAAUUUGUAAGAAAAAAGUUGCAACAUCAUCAGGAAAAAAAAUCUUGUCGCUGAGAACAAUGAUGACAAGGGAAUAAUUUUACAAGGAAGUUAUUCUUAUGUUUCGGUUAUUCAACUUUCUUUAUUGCAGUGUUAUUUUAAUGAAAUUAUAACUUUGUAAUCUGCAACAUCGAAGUCAUAUUACAAUAAAAAUUAUGGAACAAAGUCCCAGAUUUGCCAGAAAAAAAAGUGAUAUUACAAAAUAAAUCUCAUAAGACAAAAAGUGUUACAAGUGAUGUUACAAGGAAAAAAAUACAUAGAAUAUACAUAGGAAUAGAAAAAAAAACAAUCGAUUGACAUAUUGCUGCACCUUUUUUUUUUCAUUUUGUUGAGCACAACUUAAAAUAUAUGGCUUGAAAACGUCUUUGUGGUUUGUCAUGCACCGUUGUACUUGAGUAAAAGUUGAACGCUUCUAGUGUGUUUAAAUCCAGACCAAAUAUACUGUUCUCUGUUUUCAUUUGCUCCUGUUUGUACUAUCAGUGCAUAUAAUUUAAUAAACUUAAGUCUCUUGAA